AUGCCUGAGACAAGACCUAAAAUCAAAGCCAAGGGUCGCGCCCGUCAAGCCCCAUCUGGCUCGACAGAGAGUGAAUCCUCUUUGGGCCACUCAACAGAAGCAACCACCCCUUCGCCUGCAAAAAAGCAAUUAACAAGUGCUCAAAAGAGAAAGCGCUACGAGGACGAUCUGAAUUUGGCAUCCUCUAUUCAAGAAAUUGGUAUAGAUUACUCUGAUGAGGAAGAAGCAGGCCCUUCCAAUUGGGCUCCGACACGAGAGCCCGCGAAUGGCGACAAAACUCGCAACCCCUUCAAAAGAGCCGCUAAGAAGGCAAAACACGUUGGUCGGGCUAUUCUGGGUACAAAGGGGAACAAAGGGGAACCGGGGCGAAAAAACGCUUCACGAUUACCUUCUGACCCACUCCAACGAAAGAAAAUAGAUGCUAAUAAACCGGAUCUUCGUAAGUCCUAUGUUGGACUCGUACAGCCUGUCAAUCAGCUGAAGCCUCCAAGGAAGCAAAAAGAGAAGCGAAGAACAUGGAACCACAUUGCGACCACUAUCACUGACCCUAAAAUGAUACCCGAGGGGUGGGAUCAUCAAGAGCAUGACCUUGACCCUGCUGAUCUUGACGCUCAAAUUGCAAGAUGCCAUGAAAGGAUUGCCGAACGGAUUCUGCCUGAUGUGUUCCAGCAUAGGCUAGAGGGCUUUUUGGAACUAAAGGCAGCUGAGAAUAAAAUCUCUGAUGGUUGGCCCAAAGGUCUCGAUAAGGAUGUUUAUCAGAGACUGGAUUCACUCAAAGCCACCGAAGAGCAUCUUUCUAAAGGAGGAGAUAAUUACAAGGAGCUUCCAAAUGUCCGAGCUUUGAUUGCAGCUUACAAGUCCGGUCAAUUGAAGUGGAAUGGGGGGCUUGUCACCUAUUGGUCGAAGGGGGUAAAGCUCUCAGAGCCAAGACCAUUCGAUUGGGAUGAGUUUGAGGCGAUCAAUAAGAAACACGAUGGCCAUGAAGCCUUUUGGGUAGAAGGGCUUGCACAAGAUGAACAUGAUCUUGCACAUGUACAACUUUAUCCAUCAGUUACGGACCAAUCUAUGCAUCAGUAUAAUAUUGCUGUGUGUCUCCCAGGUUACGAUUGGUGGGAGGAGUUACAGUUCAUGCACGAUACGGGGGCCUCCACUAUGUGCAUCACUGAUAGGGAUGUGGCAACAAUAGCUGGGCCUUGUCGCCUUCCGAUAUAUCCAGCACCACCAAUCAUCGGAUAUUCAAGAGUCCAUGGUGCGACUGGACAGCCAACGCAAUUCUAUCCGUACAUAGAGGUCGAAGUUACGAUGAUUAACCCUAAGUCAGGAAAGCGUAUGACCGAAUGGAACAGGAUUCAAACUCGUGUCAAGCCACACGUGACAGCAUCUACAACCCAAAUGGAAAACAUAAGAUUAGAUGGCCCAGUUAUUCCUAAGAGCACAUUUUGGGUGAAUUUUCCGGACAAUUCCCUGCGCAUCCAUGUUCUCACCUCUGCUGCCAAGUUGCCCUUCCUGCCAGCCGCGGCUAAUUUCAACAAGAGACGAGGACCUGACCCAGUCGCAUUCGCACCUAUUCCCGCUCCUGGAAGGACUAUAGAUCUUUCUGGCUAUCCCGUUCCACAGCACUUGAGUUAUCCCAAAGCAGCUCCAUAA